AUGUCCAGAUGGUUCUUCUGCCCGCCGCCCCCGCAAGAUCCUCCUGUCCCUGUCCUCACUGACUUUCCAAACCCUAACUUUCUGGCAAACAUCUGCUGGGCUCCCGGGGCCCGGCAGGCACUGCUCUACGGUACUGGAGUCCAGCAGCGGGAAAUGGCCAGCACCAACUCGCCAGCUGCGGGCGUGAACCCCUUUGGACACUCCAGGCGCCCUCCGGACUCACCCGGCCUUCGAGUGUGGCCCACGUCUUGGGUGUCACCUCGUGAGGGACCUGGGGCCGGAGCCAUUCUGCACACUACUGCAGAAUUCCUGACGGAAACUCCCUCUGCCCGCCCUGAGCCCGGUCGGCCAGGCCCCAGCCCCACGCCACGGCUCCGGGAAGACAGCCGGGUCAAGUCCGCCCCGAGACUCGGGGCGCCCCGCGCGCGCGGCGGAGCCGCCCGGGAAGGCUCGGCCGGUCCCCCAGGCCUUCGCGGGGGAGCCGGGCGGGGACGCAGCUCCGCGAGCGCCGGGCCAGAGCCGCUCCUCGGCCGCCGCGCAGAGCCGGGUAACGGUCGGCGGGCUUCUGCGCGCGCGGCGUACCGGCAGCAGCACCGCCGCCGGCCCUUGAGGCGCCAGCGCCGCGCCGCCGGCAUGCACCCGCGGCCCGCACCGCCCGGCGGCGCCCUGGCGCUGAGCCCCGGCUGGAGGCCGGACGGCGGCGGAGCGCGGGGCCCCUGCUGGCCGUGGCGGGUGAGCGUCCGCCGGCGCCGGCCCAAGCCUGCGGGGCCGGGAGGGCGCGGAGCGCGGCGGGAGACAGGCUCCGCGGGCGGGACAGCUGCGACCCGGCCCCGGCAGCCGCGCCCGCACACGCCCGCCGGCUGCGGGGCCGCGGGGCCGCCGCGGAGGCCCGGAAAGAGGCUCGGCCGGCCCUCCGCGCAAGACCCCGCCAGAGCCCGACCGGGCGCCGCCCCGAGCCGGUGCCCCGCGGGGCCUGCGGCAGGGCCCGCUGUGUUGCCCCGCGUCUCUGUGGAUCGGUACAGGGUGUCGGCUGCAGUACCGCUCCAGCCUGCGGCCCCCACUUGGAGGAAACGUCCCCGGUUCAGAAGCAGCAGAGCCCCAUGCUGCCUCGGGAAUUGCUCCUCAUCCGCCCGGAGUCUGACACGGCAGGAGAGAUUGCUCGCUGUGCUCCUUUCAGUAAAAUGGUCGUUGUCUGUCCCUCAGAAAUGGAAGCAGCUAUCAAGGUUACAGCGGAUGGUGGUCCUCUUCCUGCUGGUGGUCCUGAUGCUCUUCGGCCUCCGGUCCUAUGUCCACGUGGCUGACGAGUGGGCAGCUGUGGACAGCAGGUCGGCGGCAGCAUGGCAGAUGAGACCAGCAAAUCCUCCCGUCUUGCCAGCUCCUCAGAAAGCAGCUGAGAACCCAGAGGCCGUGGCGGGGCUGUCGCCUCAGAAGCCCCAAAGGCAUUUCCGACGAGGACCCCCCAACCUGCAGAUUAGAGCGCCCGAAGGAGACUCCCAGGAGAGGAGGCAGGACCAGGCCCAGAAGAGGGCAGAGGUGGUGGGAGAGGCUGGCUGGGGAGCAGAGGCGCAGAGAGACGGCCUCAGGUACCGGGAGUGUCAGAGACGGUCUGAACGUGGGAAACCCAGAGGCCUCUUUUGGUGGAGGGGAGCAGGGACCAAGCCGGAACAGGGCCCCAGACACCCUCUCAAGAACGCAGAGUUCUCCAGCUGGCCUUUUCAGCAGCAGGCCCUGAGGAUUCGGGCCCAUCGAGCUCUGGAGGCCCCGAGGAGAACCAGGGAGCCAGGAAGGGGUCCUGUGGCCACGGCCCUGAGGGACACAGGCCGGGUUAGCGAUGGACGACGCGACGUGGUGUGGACCGCGGCCGGCCUCACCCACACGGAGCCCGUGCGCAGUGCAGCGUGGACGCUGCUGGCUCUUUGGCAGGCUCACUGGCUGUGGGGCCACAGGGCAGGUCUGUCUGGGUGCCCACGCCCUGCUUUCCUCCUCCCAGCCUCCCAGAACGCGCGCCAGAAGGCUGUGGUGGACGCCUUCCUCCACGCAUGGGCUGGAUACCGCAAGUUCGCCUGGGGCCACGACGAGCUGAAGCCCCUGACCAGGUCCUUCAGCGAGUGGUUCGGCCUCGGCCUCACGCUGAUCGACGCCCUGGACACCAUGUGGAUUCUGGGGCUAAAGAAAGAAUUUCAAGAAGCCAGGAAUUGGGUGUCCAAGAAGUUACGGUUUCGGAAAGAUGUGGACGUCAACCUGUUUGAGAGCACCAUCCGGAUCCUGGGGGGACUUCUGAGCGCCUUCCACCUGUCUGGGGACGUCCUCUUCCUGAAUAAGGCCGAGGAUUUUGGAAAUCGGUUGAUGCCUGCCUUCCGAACACCCUCUAAGAUUCCAUACUCCAUUGUAAACAUUGGCACUGGAGCUGCUCACCCACCCCAGUGGACCUCUGAUAGCACGGUGUCUGAGGUGACAAGCAUUCAGCUGGAGUUCCGAGAGCUCUCUCGUCUCACGGGGGAUAAGACGUUUCAGGAGGCCGCAGAGGAGGUGACGAGGCGCGUGCAUGGCCUGCACGGAAAGCUGGACGGGCUGGUGCCCAUGUUCAUCGACACCAACAGCGGCAGCUUCACCCAGCUGGGCGAGUUCACCCUGGGCGCCGGGGCCGACAGCUACUACGAGUACCUGCUGAAGCAGUGGAUCCAGGGCGGGAAGAAGGAGAGGCAGCUGCUGGAAGACUACCUGGAAGCCGUGGACGGGAUCAGGAAGCACCUGCUCGCUAGGUCCGAGCCCAGGAAGCUGACCUUCGUAGGGGAGCUCAACCACGGCCGCUUCAGCGCCAAGAUGGACCACCUGGUGUGCUUCCUGCCGGGGACACUGGCUCUGGGUGCCCACCACGGCCUGCCUGCUGAGCACAUGGAGCUGGCCCAGGCGCUCAUGGACACCUGCUACCAGAUGUACCGUCAGAUGGAGACGGGGCUGAGCCCCGAGAUCGCACACUUCAACCUGCAGCGCACGAAGGCUGUGAAGGACGUUCAGGUCAAGGCGGCCGACAGACACAACCUGCUGCGGCCCGAGACCGUGGAGAGCCUGUUCUACCUGCACCGCCUCACGGGCGACCGCAAGUACCAGGACUGGGGCUGGGAGAUCCUGCGCAGCUUCAACACCUACACGCGGGUCCCUUCGGGCGGCUAUUCUUCCAUUAGCAAUGUCCAGGACCCCCACCACCCCCAGCCCAGGGACAAGAUGGAGAGCUUCUUUCUGGGGGAGACGCUCAAAUACCUGUAUCUGCUCUUCUCCGACGAUCCUGACCUGCUGAGCCUGGACACCUACGUGUUCAACACAGAGGCUCACCCCCUGCCCAUCUGGGCCCCCUCCUAGGGCGGGAUGGCUCUCGAGUAGGCGCUGCCCAGGAGGCUGAUACGUGCUGUCUGUGAGGAUGCCUGUCGGCAAGGCCCGGGCCCUGGCCUUGGCUGUGCGGUGACCCCCCAGCUGGCGGCACGUCUCCGGGCCGGGCUGGUGACGGAGGCCGGCGGGCCGCAGGGCCAGGCUGUCUCGGGGCCUCGUGGCUGCCUGGGGCGGCCCCUGGGCGUCUGGUGCUCUGCCGCUGACUCUGCUCCUCGCCUGGUUCCUGCUGGAUCAUCGUUUGGAACACGUGGGAAUAAAUGGGCGGUGUGAUUCUGGGGAAUCUUGUCCA